AUGCCUGGAUCCAGUCUAAUGCGCAUUCCGGCAAGUAUCAUGGGUCCAGAUAUGCGGUAUCAACCCUCGACCAAGUUGGGGGGGAGCAAGGCACGAUGA